GUGACUGUGAGUGACGGUUAGUGCCCCCUUUCGCCGAGGGAGCUUGAGGGCCUAUGUCGUCGGGGUUGGGCGGGGGCACAGCGGCCGUGCCAGAGUCCUGGUCACAUGCAGCCCCCGUGGUCUGUGGGGGUGUGAGGCGGCCCCUCCCAAAGCAAGGCCAAAGAGACGAGACACGCCCGUCACGGAGGGGAGAGAGCCUUUGCUACCCCACCGCCACCAGCCUUACACCGCCGAUCUGGUUUUGGGGUGGGGGAGGCGGGAUUGGGUCACCCGAUCUUUGUCUUGGGCUCUGUGUCUCCCGUGACUGCAGUAUCUCCUCCUCCUGUGACUCAGCCAUCGGGCCACGACCCGGGGCUGCCCUUGGGAAUGCCUGGGGCGGGGAGUGGAAGGGGGGACCCACCUCUGCCUUCCUCCUGCAGAGGACCCCCACUUCAGAAACCCCGGUGCCAGGGGUUUGGACUGGAACGGAGAGGUGUGGCGCCUUGAACUGGUUGGCCAAGUCUGCAGGCCUGUUUCUCCUUCUCAUUUAUCCUUAAUCUUGGCCACAACCCUGGACACCAGAGAGCUCAAAAUGAUCAGCUUUUUGAGAGACCUGGGAUGUGAGGCCUCAGCACGCCAUUUGUUUAGGGGUUUCUUUUUUUUUUCUUUUUUUAGACGGAGUUUCGCUCUUGUUGCCCAGGCUGGCGUGCAAUGGCGCGAUCUUGGCUCACCGCAACCUCUGCCUCCCGGGUUCAAGCGAUUCUCCUGCCUCAGCCUCUCGAGUAGCUGGGAUUACAGGCAUGCGCCACCAUGCCUGUCUAAUUUUGUAUUUUAGUGGAGAUGGGGUUACUCCAUGUUGGUCAGGCUGGUCUCGAACUCCCGACCUCAGGUGGUCUGCCCACCUCGGCCUCCCAAAGUGCUGGGGUUACAGACGUAAGCCACCGCGCCCGGCCAGGGGUUUCCUUUUUAAAUCAGACCCCUCAAAGAGAGGCCCCUCAGAUGCAGCCUCUUGCAGACCUGCCAGCCCCAGAUUCCGGAGCCAGGUUUGUUGGAUUCAUCCUGUAUGCAAACAGCUUCUCCUUAAAGGCUUUCCUCUGAAUUCAGCUCUGGCCCCACCCUCAAACUGACUUCUAAAUGAUCCCACUCUUGAGCAGGCGUCUAAGAGGAAUAUUUUCGGGAGGUAGUUGUAGUUCAUGUUACUGCUGACGGCCACCCACCUCACCUCCCCUCCACACACUUUCCGCCUGGUAAAUACAGGAUAUCCUGUCCAGAGCUAGAAUCUGAUGUAAGAGCCUGGAUUCUUCGGGGAGGGCCCUUCCCUCUCUCUCUCCCUCCUCCUCCCUCCUGGUGUCUGGGCUGGGGAGGGGUCAUGGCCCUGAUCUGGAUGGCCUGAGGGUUAGCAUGAGCCAGGGUAAGUGAGACUUGUUCUGGGUCAAAUCUGGGACUGGCCAUGACCCUAAAUGACCAAUGCACUCCUCGCAGCUCUCCUGGGUUGUUCUGUAUCUGCUAGUCCUGAGUCCCUGGGUGGAGGGCUUCCGUUCUUGUUCUCCAGACCUCAUCUCAGGCCAGAACUUGGAAGGAAAGACCCCAGCAUGCCCUCAGUUCUCGUCUUCAGUGGAGUGUGGAGGCUUGAGGACAUGAAAAAGGGCGCAGGAGACCGGGUGAUGGUAUUGAACCGGUCAGGGAUGUGGCAGGAAGAGGUGACUGUGCCCUCGGUCCAGACCUUCCUGAUGCCUGAGGCCAUGACCUUUGAGGAAGCUGCUGCCUUGCUCGUCAAUUACAUUACAGCCUACAUGGUCCUCUUUGACUUCGGCAACCUACGGCCUGGCCACAGCGUCUUGGUACACAUGGCUGCAGGGGGUGUGGGUAUGGCUGCCGUGCAGCUGUGCCGUACAGUGGAGAAUGUGACGGUGUUCGGAACGGCCUCGGCCAGCAAGCAUGAGGCACUGAAGGAGAAUGGGGUCACACAUCCCAUCGACUAUCACACGACUGACUACGUGGAUGAGAUCAAGAAGAUUUCCCCUAAAGGAGUGGACAUUGUCAUGGACCCUCUGGGUGGGUCAGAUACUGCCAAGGGCUACAACCUCCUGAAACCCAUGGGCAAAGUCGUCACCUAUGGAAUGGCCAACCUGCUGACGGGCCCCAAACGGAACCUGAUGGCCCUGGCCCGGACAUGGUGGAAUCAAUUCAGCGUGACAGCUCUGCAGCUGCUGCAGGCCAACCGGGCUGUGUGUGGCUUCCACCUGGGAUACCUGGAUGGUGAGGUGGAGCUGGUCAGUGGUGUGGUGGCCCGCCUCCUGGCUCUGUACAACCAGGGCCACAUCAAGCCCCACAUUGACUCAGUCUGGCCCUUCGAGAAGGUGGCUGAUGCCAUGAAACAGAUGCAGGAGAAGAAGAAUGUGGGCAAGGUCCUCCUGGUUCCAGGGCCAGAGAAGGAGAACUAGGGCGAGUGGCUGUGAGACCCUAGAGACCAGCGAAGGGAGAAGCUGGGAAGCUACGUUCUGUUGGCCACCAGACUUGCAUUUCAGCCUCUGUCAUAAUGCUCUGCCCUCCCUCCCCCGAAGGUCUCUGUGGUGAUGACCGCUCUCCCCUGCCCCUCCCCGCUUCCUGACCUCUGAAGAGGUUGGGAAGUGACCAUUUGGAUGUCUGGGAACUGCCAAGGGGACAGGGAGGGUCAGAGGGAGGCCGGCUGCUUCCUGCCCCCACCCUUUCCCCGGGCCUGCUGUGCUGCUUUUGUGCCAAGGUUAGCCAGUCCCCUCUGUUGUGUUCCAUGUGCUUUCACCUCUGCCUCAUCUUCCCUCCCGUCCCUGCCCCGCCACCUCCCCAAAGAAUUGAAACGUCAGCUCAGGAUAUGGGGCCAAUCUCUGUGAGUCCAGCAUGUACCUGUCUCUCCCUAGUGUCCCUUCAGCCUGGGCCGACCAGCGCCCACCUCUGGGCUUGACCAGUUCCCAAUCUCGUCCUCUGUCCCCAACUUCUUAAGCACAAUUGGGCUUCUUCCAUCUCCAGGUUUUCUGCCAUUCUUAACCAAGGCUGCCUCUUCCAACAGGGUGGGAAACAGACCUACUCCCCUAGGUCACAACUCUGGGAAGGAUACAGAGCCCCCACCCUUCACUGAGUUCUCUGGAUUUGUUCUCAGUGCCUUAGCAAUGAAAACCUGUGCUUGUGUGUGUGUGGCAGCGGGGAGGGAGGAUCCUGUCUCCCACCUCCUUCUCCUCCCCUGUACUCCCCAGUGCCUUCCUUGUUCUGGUGGAGCUGGGGUUUCGCUCCUCCCCAGUCCCACAACACUGCCAAAAAUCUGUGUAUGUGCCAUUGGGUGGGGCAGCCCUGAGCCUCCUGGUGGGGGCAGGGCAAAAACAGGUGCCCUCAUCGUGGUCUGUGCCAUGUCCUGUCUCUAUGGUGGUUGAGGAGAAAGGCGGGGAAGCUUCCUCAGCCUUGCAGAUACGUGUGGCAUUUACUAGCCAGAGCUCUGAAAGGCAGUGCUGUCUGUUUCUUGUACUGGGACCAAAGUAAAAACCCAAGCACAUUCCCCUUGCAGUUAGGGGAGGCCCCACUGCCUUCUCAAAGCAGAGAGGCAGCUUAUCAAACUCAGCCCAAAACUUUGUUUACAUGGGUGGGGAGAUGGAGCAGGGAAGUACAGAGUGGGAUGGUCAGGACCUGGGCCACUGCGACCAAAAUGGGGACUUCCUGGGUAGGGAGGUCGCUCCCUCUACUCACUGAGCUAGGAAUAGGGAGGGUUAUGGCCCCAACCAUUGCAAUGGGAGGUGGAGGGACAGGCUCAGCCUCCUCAUUGUCUAAAUGAGGCCUAAAUGUGUGAAGUGCGAUUUCUGCUUUUGUGUACCCCACCACCCCAUUACCACAGCUGCCUUUGUGUUUGUGUCAAUAAAAAGCCAAACCCUG